GGCGCCCCGGAGCCAGCGGCGCCGGCCCGGGCAUGGCAGCGGCGCCCCGCGAGCCGCGGGGUUAGGGCGGGUCGCACAGCGAUGGCGGAGCCGCAGCAGCGGCCGGGCCCGGGGCCGGGGCCGGGGCCGGGCGAGGCCAAGCGGCCGGAGGCGGGCGAGGACUGGUGCGACAGCGGCCUGGGCUCCCUGAGCGAGGGGCAGCUCAGCCAGAUCCAGGAGGGCCUGGGGGGCCCGCACCCCCCUACUGCCGUCCCCGUGACCUCUGACCCCUGCCCCGGGGGUCGCCCUGUGACCUCUGACCCCGGGGGUCGCCCCGUGACCUCUGACCCCGGUGGCCCCAAGACCCCCGACUCCUGCGGGUCGGGCUCGGAGCGCCUGGACUCUGCCCUCGGCGACUCCCUGGGCGAGGACGAAGCCGGCUGGGGGGCGGCCGUGGGGCAGGAGCUGGGGGCGAUCACCCAGGGCGUGGAGGCCGUGCGGCUCGGGGAGACGCCCGCGGUGGCCCCCGAGGCCUGGCUGCACCACGUCCUGGGCUUCGUGACCGAGGACGGGGACACAGCCCUCCACCUGGCUGUGAUUCAUGAGCAUGAGGCCUUUCUGGAUUCUAUCCUGCAGUAUAUGGCUAGGACAGAAUACUUGGAUCUGCAGAACGACCUGGGCCAGACGGCAUUGCAUAUUGCAGUCAUCCUCGGCGCCUCCAACUUUGUCCGCAAGCUGAUGGCAGCCGGGGCGGGGCUCUGCGUGCAGGAGAGAGCUGGCCACACAGCGCUGCACCUGGCGUGCCGGGAGGGCUGGCGGGACUGCGCACAGUGCCUCCUGGCAGCGCUGAGCGGGCACUGGCCCGGCAAGGGGAAUGACGCCUGCGCUCAGUUGGACUGCACCAAUUAUGAUGGUUACACGCCGCUGCACGUGGCUGUCCUGCGGAAGGACCUCGAAGUGGUCAAGCUCCUUGUGGAUGCCGGAGCCGAUCUCAACAAGGCGGAGAUGAGCUGCGGGCGGAGUCCCCUCCACUUGGCAGUGGAGUCGCAGAGCCCGGAAGUGGUGGAGUGCCUGCUGCGCGCCGGUGCGGACCCGAGGGCCCGGAUGAACGCCGGUUACACCCCCAUCUAUAGCGCCGUGCACAGGCCCAGCCAGAAGAUCUUGCAGCUGCUCCGGGAGUUCGGCUCGGAGGAGCCCGACUGGGACUCGGAGGAGAGCCCGGCUGACAGCAGCGACGAGGACUACGACGACAUCGUCAUCAACAGUGGACACUAUAAGAACUGACGGGGCUGGGCCGGCAUCGCCUGCAGCGUGAGCCGUUCCCCAUCUCCAUAAGACUCGCAUCCUGCCCUGUCGCUGUGGGAAUAAAUUUGGCAGUGGCGCAAUCUCUCCGUUCGCAUCUAGUUCCAACUACUUAUCCAAAGGCUGCAGUCUCUGGCUGUUACUUGGAACCAGUAGCUAAAAUUCACCAGAGCUUUGAUCUAAUCCGUUUAUUUCCCCUCUCACUUGUUCGUUUUCCUCCGUGUUUCUUAGUUUAGUCAGUUUAUAUCGAGUUAUUUGGAUUACGUUCAAAUUUUAAAAAAUGGUAUUUCGGCACUUGCUGCUUUUUGCAGUCGCAGCUGGGAUGGAUUGUCGGCAGGAUUUCUCUGUUCGCUGUAUCCUUUGCCCUGUCGAGCCUCCGGCCGUUUGCUUUCGAAGCGGGAGCGUCAUCCCUACCCGUGCAAGGGGUCUUGCUGGAGUCCACGGAUGCUAGUCGCAUAACCAAGCAAUUCGGGUCAGUGGGGAGCCGCACAAAACGGGGUGCGGGCCUGGCUGGCUUUUAGCUGCCUUUCAGACAUCUUGGGCCUGUUUGCUUUUAUCUUGAGAAGCAGGGAGCACCACCUUACUCCAGGGGC